CGGGAGCCCGCUGUCCCGGUGACAGGCGGCAACACUGCCAAGAUCUCGGGUUACAGGUGGUCACCAUGCAGCGCUCCCUGCACCGGGUCUCCCUCGGCAGCCGGCGCGCCCACCCCAACCUGUCCUUCUACCUCUCCACCUUUGGCCAGCUGAAGCUGUGUAUCGAUGCCCAGGAUCGGGUUCUGCUGCUCCACAUUAUAGAAGGCAAAGGCCUGAUGAGCAGAGAGCCUGGCGUCUGUGAUUCCUAUGUGAAGAUCUCUUUGAUCCCCGAUGACAAUGGAAUACCAUGUCAGAAGACGCAGAUCAUUCCAGACUGCAGAGACCCUACUUUUCAUGAGCACUUCUUUUUUCCCGUCCCAGAAGAGGCCACUCACAAGCGUCUUCUGGUUACCGUAUGGAACCAGGCCGGUGCAACCAGGCAACGUGCACUCAUCGGCUGCAUGAGCUUUGGGGUGAAGUCUCUCCUGACUCCAGACAAGGAGAUCAGUGGCUGGUACUACUUGCUGGGGGAGGACCUGGGCCGGACCAAGCACCUGAAGGUGGCCAGACGGCGACUGCGGCCAGCAAGAGAUGCACUGCUGCACGUGCCAGGAGGUGAAGACACUGAGAAUGGGGAGAAACUCCAGAUCACCAUCCCGAGGGGCAAAGAUGGCUUUGGCUUCACCAUCUGCUGUGAUUCUCCGGUCCGAGUACAAGCUGUGGAUUCUGGGGGUCCAGCCGAACGGGCAGGGCUGCAGCAGCUGGACACAGUGCUACAACUGAACGAGAGGCCCGUGGAGCACUGGAAAUGUGUGGAGCUGGCACACGAGAUCCGGAGCUGUCCCAGCGAAAUCAUCCUGCUUGUGUGGCGCAUGGUCCCCCAGGUCAAGCCGGGGCCAGACGGAGGGGUCCUCCGACGGGCCUCCUGCAAGUCAACACAUGACUUCCAGUCACCCCCCAAUAAGAGGGAGAAGAACUGUACCCACGGGGUUCCGGCACGGCCCGAGCAACGCCAUAGCUGCCACCUGGUGUGCGACAGCUCAGAUGGGCUGCUGCUGGGUGGCUGGGAGCGCUACACCGAGGUGGGCAAGCAUGGGGGCCAGCACACCCUGCCCGCGCUGUCUCGAGCCAGCGCCCCGGCUGACCCCAACUACAUCAUCCUGGCCCCGCUGAACCCUGGGAGCCAGCUGCUGCGCCCAGUGUACCAGGAGGACACCAUCCCUGAAGAGUCAGGGAGCCCCAGUAAAGGGAAGUCCUACACGGGCCUGGGGAAGAAGUCCCGGCUGAUGAAGACAGUGCAGACGAUGAAGGGCCACGGGAACUACCAAGACUGCUCAGUCCUCAGGCCGCAUGUCCCACACUCAAGCUAUGGAACCUACGUCACGCUGGCCCCCAAAGUCCUGGUGUUCCCUGUGUUUGUUCAGCCUCUAGAUCUCUGUAACCCUGCCCGGACCCUCCUGCUGUCUGAAGAGCUGCUGCUGUACGAAGGCAGGAACAAGGCUUCUCAGGUGACACUGUUUGCCUACUCGGACCUGCUGCUCUUCACCAAGGAGGACGAGCCAGGCCGCUGCAACGUCCUGAGGAACCCCCUCUACCUCCAGAGCGUGAAGCUGCAAGAAGGUUCUUCGGAAGACUUGAAGUUCUGCUUGCUGUAUCUGGCAGAGAAGGCAGAGUGCUUAUUCACUUUGGAGGCACACUCGCAGGAGCAGAAGAAGAGAGUGUGCUGGUGCCUGUCGGAGAACAUUGCCAAGCAGCAACAGCUGGCUGCCUCAUCCCCGGAGAGGAAGAAACUCCACCCUUACAGCUCUCUCCAGCAGGAGAUGGGGCCAGUCAACUCCACCAAUGCUACCCAGGAUAGAAGCUUUACCUCAUCAGGACAGACUCUGAUUGGCUGAGCAAACCCAAGGGCGGGACUCUGCUUCUGGCAACUUAACCAUUUCUGGGGCAUCCCCUACCACACAGUAACCUCACUGCAAAUGGACCCUAAAUGGAGGACCAAGAUGGUGGGCCACGGGUGGCCCGAAGGGAGUGGGUUGAGGGUGUGUGACUGACAGCAGGAGGAACAGUGGUGUGAGAGGCCUGUGGCAGCAGGCAGUCCCCCAUGGAGAAGACUCAGAAGCGCAUUCUCUCCCAGGAGAGGAGGCUGUGUGGCUUCGCCGGGGCUUCCUGCCCCGGGGGCAGCAGGAGAGGUUACUCGGAUAGAGAACAACGCCAUGGCCUGCCGCUGCCAGAAGACAUCUCAUUUCAUCUGGACACAUCCCCCCACCACCCCCUGCCCCAUGUAUGCUGUGGACAUUGGGGAUGUCACCUUUGCACCAGGCACUGUGCUAGGAGCUGGGGACAUUAUGGAAAACCAGAUGGACGUGGUUUCUACCCUCAUGAGGACUCCAGCAGAGAGAGAGCAGUAAAUAAAUCACCACCAGCAUGCAGGAGAACUCACCUCACACUGGGAAAGGCAUCGCAGAUGCCUUCAGUGAGCCCUGUCUAGACUGUUUCAUGUGGGGUGCGGUAUGGGAAGGACAUAGCCUGUACACCGAGGCCUGUGGGCAAGAAAGCAGCUAGCUAGCUAAGGACUCAGGAGAGAGCAGUCCAGAUAGACACAACAGUGCCCAAAGACGUCCUGAGCCGGGAAAGAGUGCCAUUUGCUGGAUUUGUGGAGAAAGGCCAGCAUGGGUCUACCAGGGACCUUGGGGAAUGACUGAUUUUAUUCUAGAUACAGUGGCAGUUUCGGAAGGCUUCUGAGGGAAGGAAGUCAUAGAGUCUCGGAUACAGGUCAUUUUGCCAAUGGGAGGGAUCUAAGGGUGUGUAAGACCAGCUAGGGGCUCCCUUAAGUCCUCCAGAUGAGGGGCGAUAAUGAUUAUCCUGAUGAUUAUCCUGGAGUAGUGGGUCGAUUUCCAGGCUGUGGGAUGAGAAGAGAUGAUUAUCCCUUCCCUUGAUCCCCAUCCUCUGCUGAGUCUUGCUCUGUCCGUGACAUGAGAGAGGCUUGGGGCCUUCUUCACAGAGCCCCCUCCCUUCUGGUUGAGUUCUGGGAGCCAGGACACUCAGCCUGGCCAAGGUGGGAAGGUUCUCCGCCCUCAGUUCUCUUCUGGGUUGCUGGCUCCGCACCGCUAUCCUGUGACCCGGUGCUGUGGAAUCUGCCUUUGCUUGCUGUGGCACCCACUGUGCCUCGAGGCCAUAGGAAGCUCUCUCAAAGGGACAGCAGUGAAGAGCCAGCCCGUUCACCGCCCUCCACCGGCCUAGAUCAGAACUGAGCAGCUCCCACACCCAUUUUCCAACUGCCAAGACCCAGAAGAAGACAAGCACAGGCCAGGCCUGGGAACACGGCUCAUGGACAAAAGGCCAGCUGUAGGACCAGGAAGGAAAAUGAGUCAGAAAGGAGAAGCAGAAGAGACGGUGCGGCCAGAAAAGCCCCCUGACCCUGGACAGUCUAUGUCAUUGUGUAAGUCCUCGGUGUCUUCAAAGAAAGCUCUUAGGAACCUUGUGUCUGCUCAGUUGCUGGGGUCACCAGAACCCUAAAAUGAUGGUCUAGAAGAGAGUACAUCUCCCAGUUAACAUGCAUCCCAGUGGAAGAAAGCUCAGAUGAGCCUUGAACGGAGAUGGAAGAGGUCUGCUGGUGACCAGGCCAGGGCCCCAGCCAGCAGGGAAAGAGCUGCUGCCUGGAUUGGGCAAGAGGCCCAAUGAUACCCAGCCUCUCUGCCUGCUGGGGCCUGGCCUGGAGGGCAAAUCAGAGCGACUGAGCGGCUGGGUCUGCAUAGACAGCCAGCUGUACUUUGAUUUCAUUUGAUUCCCUUGCACAAUGACAUUAAGGGCAGCGUGCAGCACAGGGAAAUCACUUGUCUGGGAAAGCAACAAGCCUUGUCUCUCCUCUGUCCUGCAGAUAGGCGCAGAUGACAGGAGCUCUGGCCACAGGGCAAUAGGGAAUGUGACUGUAGCACUUCAGCCCUGGGGAUGUCACCUCCUGGCUUGUCUUGACAAGCUGCUGGCUGGAUCAGACACUACCAUCAAGUUCCCAGGCCUGCUUCCUGGUGGGGAGGAAGUGGUCCUGCACUCCAGGUCGGGCCCUGGGCUGGCCUGCUCAGCCACUGUGGUGAGCCACAGCGCCAUUGCUGCUCUGCUUCGUGAAUCGAUGCAACAAUUAAUUUGGCUCCAUGGGCUCAAGAAGAUGAAAUACGACCUGGUGGCCACUGUUCUUCAGUAUCCCGGUCCACCCCAGCUGUUCAAGAUGAUGCACAAGCUAUCAAAAUUGCAUUGGAGAGUCAUAAUCACGGGAAACAUGGCCAGAGCCCCUCCCUGCCCCAUAAAUCACGCUAAGAAGCACACAAUGGCCUCUUUCCUGAUGGGCCAAUUGUCUUGGUGUGGUGUCUCGGGCCCAGGAGCUGGGAGGAUGGACACACAACCAUUUAUUGUUGAAAAGCCCGUCUGUGUGAUUUGAAUACAAAGCGACCUUUUUAGUUCUCUGCACACCCUCUGCUCCUUGUUCAUGUUUCUUACAUCUCAGUCUCGGGGCCUUUGAAACACAUCUUUCCUGUACAUUUUCAUGCCUGGGAUUUUUUUUUUUUUUUUUUGCCUUUCUGAGUUGGGGCACUAGAGACCUUUUUGCAAAUAAUGGCAUUUAUUUAUUUUGUAUUUUAUUUUCUCCUUCCCUCUAAAUUUUGCCAUCCCAUGACCCUAAGGCACCAAGAGGGUCUUACGAGGAAAUACAGGCAGUUUUGCUAAGUGGGGAGGGAAUUCCCAUAGUAAGAACCCCACGAUGAACUUGGGCUUUGAAGCCAGAUAGCAGUGGGGGUCCCCCCAGCCUUGAUUUCCUCCAAGUCAACUGGAAGGUUCUUUUCCUGGAUGAAAAGAGACCGAGGCUCAGAGAAGUGAAGUGAUUCCUCUCCAGCUCAGGUCUUCUAGCCUAAUUCAUUGCUCUUUCUAGAUACAAAGGUUGGCCUGAGGGAUGGAAGGGAAAGACGCUCACUGACUUACCUUCUCCAGGGAGAGACGGGAGUCAGGUACCAGCGUGACUCAAAUCAUGACCCUUCUAGCUGCCCAGGGGUUUGUGUUGGAUAAAUAAAAUGAGAUGGCUAUUUUCUUGGUGGACAAUUGGCUUCCCUGCGGGGUGACCCAAACAUAAUAGGUCAAUCUCUUCUCACGAUGCUGAUAAAAGCUUGAUGAGAAGACAGACUGGAAGUUGGAGGGUGGGGAGCGUACUGGAAUGGGUGGGGCUUGCCCCUCCCCCCUGAGCCCAGCGUUCAAGGGGAUCAGCAGACUCAGCCUUGGGGAUGCUGGGAAGUAUUGGAAUGUGGCCAGAAGGCCCCACUGUCUGGCCUUCACCCUGUGCCCAGCCAAGGGCAGAAGAGGGCCUGUGCCCGCUGAUUCUCUCUACCAGAAUUUGUGCCCAGAUUUUGCUAAUUGGCUAAUUUACCAUCUUGGCUCUUAGUGUCCAGGAAUCAGAUGGAUUGGAUUUCAGUGCCCCACCCUACCCUACCCAAGCAAGCUCUUCUCUCCAAAAGCUCAACCAUUUUCCCGGUGGCCUCCAGCUCUCCUGGAGCUUCUCUUGCUACUGGCUGGGCUGAGGACAGACUGCCUUUCUUGCCGUCUUCUUUUUGGGGCUCAGCCAUGUUGUUAUUCAUCCUUCAGUCACUUUUGAGGAGCACAGAACAAUCUUUCCCUCUGUCCUGUCUUGUCCUUCUAUUUCCGCAAACGUGUCUCUGAAGAAGGUUUCCCUCUGCCCUCUUACCAUCCCCAGAUUCUUGGUUUAAGGUAGAGUGAAAACACUAGGUAAUCUGAAGAGCUUUCCUACUGUGAGCCAGGCACGGCGCCCAGCUUUUGACGCACAUUGUCUUUUUUAAUCCUCGCUGUGCCCUGUUGGGCUUGUGAUCCUCUAACAGACUGACUCCUGUGAUGCCCGGCUUGUAGACGAAGAUCAUGCUUUGUCUUAGAGAAGUUAAGAGACUAGCCCAAGAUCAUACAGUGAGUCUGGCAGCCCAGUUGCGGAAUAUCUGCCUUCAUUUAUUCUACUCUACAGUUUCGUUUUCUUGUGACCGUUGACCAUCUCCAGUGAGGAGCCAGGAAGCUGGGCGGUCCCAUUCCUACUAAAGACCAUCACUGGAGGCCCGGUCCAGGUUUCUGCACGGCUUCCCUGAAGCCUGGCCAAGAGGGGCUAUUUCCCCAAAGUUUAUGUGUCCAUUCAGGGUUGUGUCCCCUCGCCACCCCCGCCUCGACCGCCUGGUGCUUCCUGCCCAUCUCUGCUAUCCCU